AUGCCACCCAAGUUUGGCAGAAUCGCCAAAGCCAAAGCCAGAAACUCGCACUCCCACGACGAACCCCAAGAUGCAAACGCCGCCGAAAUCAGAUUGGACAAAUACAUCGAUAACAAGCUCAAGAAGGAGGAGAACCUGGCCUUGAUCAAGAAACUCGCCGCGCAAAAGAGACCAGCUCUUGAGCUGGAGAGCGAGUCAGAAGAUGAGCAGACUUCGACACCACAAGCAAGCACUUCGAAAUCUGCUUCUGCUAAAACCUCAGCAUCCGUACCCACCACAGCUCCUGCGCCGGCGCCAGGCAAAGGCGGUCUCUUUGCUGCUGGCCAGGGCUUAUUUGGCAGUGGGCUGAAGAGGCCACUUGAGAUGGACGAGGAAGGAAAGCCAGUCAUCAAGAGCAGGAAACGUACAAAGAUUAUUAACAAGUCUGCCCCUGUAGUCGCUCAGGAGCCCGAAUGGGAAGGCUUCUCCGGCGACGAGGAUGGUGAGGAAGACGAUGAUGAAAGCCAGAGUUCAGAAGAGGACAUCGAAGAUGGCGAGGGAGAGUCAGAAGAGGAGGAUGAAGAGGAGGGCGAUGACGACGAAGAAGACUCAGAAGAAGAUUCGGAAGAAGAAGACCGUCAAGGAGGCGCAAAAGCCCGUUCAUCUGCCUUCAAGAUGUGGGCUACCGAACAACGAAACCAGGCCAUAGGCUUCGUACCUUCAACAAACCUCGAAACCGUAAACGCGACGACCGUCAAACAACCAACAAAUUUCGUUCCUCGCGCUCCUUCACCAGAAACCCUCCCUCCCGAACUCGCAGUAUCCGCCACCACAGAAUCAGACAACCGUCCUGCCGUCAGUCUGGUCAUCCCUCGCACUCCCGAGAUUCAAGAGGCGAGGUUGAAGUUGCCAGUUGUGCAAGAAGAACAGAAGAUCAUGGAAGCUGUCCACAACAACAACGUUCUUGUCGUCUGGGGUGCCACUGGUUCCGGUAAAACGACACAGGUCCCUCAGAUGAUGUUCGAGAGCGGCUACGGCAGCAAGAUUGGACAAACAGACGGAGAAGGCAAGGCCAAGGGCAUGAUUGGUGUCACUCAACCUCGUCGUGUCGCUGCUGUCAGUGUGUCCGAGCGUGUCGGCACUGAGUUGUGUGACAUGAAGGACCGUGUUGGUUACCAGAUCCGUUUCGAUACCACCGUCUCCAAGGACACUGCUAUCAAAUUCAUGACCGAUGGUAUUCUGCUUAGAGAAAUCGCCAACGACUUCAUCUUGUCCAGAUAUUCUGCCAUUGUCAUCGAUGAAGCCCAUGAACGCUCCGUCAACACCGACAUCCUGAUCGGUAUGAUGAGUAGAAUCGUGGAUCUUCGUGCUCAAAUGGCAAAGGAGGAGCCCGACAAGUACUACCCUCUCAAGCUCGUCAUCAUGAGUGCCACUCUCCGCAUCACAGAUUUCACCGAAAACACUCGCCUCUUCAGAAACGGUCCGCCGCCGAUUGUCAAGGCAGAGGGCAGGCAGUUCCCUGUCACUGAUCACUUUGCUCGCAGGACAACACACGACUAUGUCGACGAUAUGUUCCACAAGCUGCCACCUGGUGGUAUGCUUUAUUUCCUUACUGGUCAGCAAGAGAUUAUUCAACUCGCCAAAAAGUUGCGCCAGGCUUUCCCUGCCGAUACUGGCAGCCAGGUGAAGCAACCCAGAGUUCAUGUUUCUGCUGCAGAUGCUCCACUAGAAAUUGACGAUAUGGACGCCGAGGCUCAACCUGCACCAAGAAGAGACGACGACGACGAUGACGAUGAUGACUCGGACGUUGAAAUCAAGGGAUUGGAUGAUGAGGAAGAUGACAAGGAAUUCGUGAUCGAAGGGGAAGAGCAACCCGUGGAAGCGCUCAGGGUGCACGUGCUACCGCUGUACUCGCAGCUUCCCACUAAGCAACAACUCAAGGUCUUCGAGGAACCGCCGGCAGGUUCAAGACUGAUUGUUCUUGCCACUAACGUUGCCGAAACAUCUCUCACCAUCCCUGGCAUCCGCUACGUAUUUGAUUGCGGUCGCUCUAAGGAGAAGAAAUAUGAAGCUUCGACUGGUGUUCAAACGUUCGAGAUCGACUUCAUCAGCAAGGCCAGUGCUGCACAAAGAGCCGGUCGUGCUGGUCGUACAGGACCAGGUCACUGUUACCGUCUCUACUCAUCCGCCGUCUACGAGCGCGACUUCGAAGAGUACGCCAUCCCUGAGAUUCUGAGAUCACCCAUCGAAGGCGUUGUUCUGUCUCUCAAGAACAUGGACAUCCAAACUGUAGUCAACUUCCCCUUCCCUACACCGCCAGACCGUAAGGCAUUGGCCAAGGCUGAAAAACUUCUCACCUACCUUGGUGCUAUUGAUGCGCAUGGCAAAAUCACAGAGACCGGAAAGGAGUUGGCAGCAUAUCCAUUGUCACCUAGAUUCGCAAGAAUGUUGUUGUUGGGCAGACGCUACAAUCUCUCGGCUCACACAGUAGCCCUCGUGGCUUCACUCGCUGUUCCUGAGCUCUUCAUCCCUCAGACUCAAUACAACCUUGAGAACGCUCCUGAUGAAGAGGAGUCAGAAGACGAGAAUGACACAGCCAGAGAACGCUAUGCUAAACGCCAGAUCCGCACAGAAGCAGACAACAUUGCUGCCUCAGCGGCAGAACUCAAGAGGAAGGCAUACGGAAAGGCCCAUGCCACACUUUCACGCUGGGAUGAUCGCAGUGAUGCAUUGAAGCUCUUGACGGCAAUGGCCGCAUACUCCGCUUCCUCAUCUCCCGCAUCCUUCUGUUCCGACUACUUCCUGCGCGAGAAAGCCAUGAAGGAAGCAGGACAACUAAAACAGCAAUUAACAGCCAUCGUACGCAGUCACUCACGCACCGGCACCGACGACCCAACACUCUCCCAAAAGACCCUCCCACCACCCACAGACAAGCAACGCGCCAUCCUCAAACAAUUCGUCGCAGCAGGCUUUAUCGACCAAGUCGCUGUCCGCGCCGACAUCAUCGGUGUAGCACUAUCCCGCAGCCCACGCCGCGCAAUCGAAGUCCCCUACCGCACACUCUUCACCUCCAGCAGUGGCGACAUCGUAGGCCAAGACCCCGAAGCCCGCGCCGCAGCAAAACUCUCUUACGUACAUCCGUCUUCUGUGCUUGCAAGACUUACAGUCGCUGAGAUGCCUGAUUAUAUCAUUUACUCGCAUUUGUCGCGUCAAGCACCUUCGCCUCCUUUCGAUACAAUCCCUAAAACUAGACUGCACCCUUUGACAACAGUGACUGCAAAACAAUUGGCAAAUCUUGCAGAAGGAACACCGUUAUUGGAAGUCGGCAAGCCGGUUGGUAAGAUUGAGCAAUUGCCUAGAGGUGCUGAUGGUACUCCUUGGCCUGUUGGUGCUAGAAAGGUGGUACAGAAACGCAUUGGCGGUGCUUGGGAGAUUGAAAAGGUUGUUGGUUAA